GGCCACUGAGGGCCUCAAGCAGGGGACCAGCUGCAGACCCGCGGAGACGCGGGGUCGAGCGCGGGAGGCGGGGCUGGGGGCACGGGACCGGGAGCUCCCGCGGCUGGCGGGACUUCCGCCACGGGACCCGGAAGCGGCCGCGCAGCGGCUGGUGGGAGUUGUAGUCCGGCCGUGGUUUGGGGGGGCCCGCGGCUCAUGCGCGGUGCACCGAGGCUUGUUUCACAUCUGUAACAACAGGAGGAGGCCCAGCCUCGUGAUGAGGAAUAGCAAAGAGAGAAUUCAGCUCCAGUUUAAAAGCCUUCAAAAUCUGAGACUGUCACUGCUCUUGUAAGGAUUCCAGCUUUCACUCCUGGCCAGAAAUGUUCAGCCUGGACUCAUUCAGAAAAGAUCGGGCCCAGCACAGGCAGCGUCAGUGCAAACUUCCCCCACCCCGUCUUCCACCCAUGUGUGUCAACCCUGCCCCUGGAGGGACCAUCUCUCGAGGCAGAGGAGUCAACUUUCUCUCCCCAGAGAAUGGAGAUUGGAGGAGAAGACUUAAUGUUGGUGGAAAUGAAGGGGGUCAUGCUUGAACCCCUCUAACUUUCUUCGGGGUCCUCUAAAGCAGCAGUUGGCAAACUUUCAGGAUCAUAGAGUAAACAUUCCAGGCUUUGCAGGCCAUAUGGUUUCUCUUGGAGCUACUUAAUUUUGCCAUUACAGCAUGAAAGAGUAAUGAGAUGAUACAGACACAAAUGAGCAUGACUAUGUUCCCAAUAAACUUCAUAAAAACAGGCAGUUGGUGGAUUUGGUCUGCAGGCUACAAUUUGGCUGCCCGUGCUCCGGAUCAGUGGGGAUCACAGAACCAGAAGGGUUCCAAGACCUGGAUGGACUAAGAGUUGCCCUCAUUUUACAAAACAUGAUGAGAUUUGUGGAGGUGAAAUAUUUGCUCAUGGUGACACCAGCUAUUAGAAAUCAGAUGAAAUAAAUGAAAUAGGGAAAGGGGACAAAGAGCUCUCAGAAUCAACUAGCUGGUUGGCAUGGCCUGACCUUUUUUUUUUUUUUUUUUUUUUUUUUUUUAGGGCCGCACCCACCUGCGGCAUAUGGAGAUUCCCAGGCUAGGGGUCUAAUUGGAGCUACAGCUGCUGGCCUGCACCACAGCAAUGCAGGAUCUGAGCUGAGUCUGCGACCUACACCACAGCUCACGGCAACAAUGGAUCCUUAACCCUACUGAGUGAGGCCAGGAAUCAAACCCGCAACAUCACGGUUCCUAGUCAGAUUCGUUUCUGCUGCACCACGAUGGGAACUCCUGACCUUUUUUUUUUUUUGUCAUAAAAUUUCAAACAUCUGUUUGAAAUAUGCUUUCUAAAAUAGAGAAAAUUGCAUAAUAAACCCCUGUGUACCUGCCAUCUGGUUGAACAAUGAACAGCUCACGGCCAGUCUUACUUUGUAUAUAUCCUUCCCCUUUGGCCUCUUUGGAACCAAAUCCCUGAAAUCACAGCAUUUCAACCUUAGCCUGACUCAGUGGCUGUCAGAGCAGAGUGCUAUUCCGAGGGCUUCCUGAAACAUCAAGAUGGGCCCAGGGCCUGCUUUCCAGGUGAGGUCUUUAUGUCUAGGCUCUUGCCUCCUUCAGCUUUCAGAUACCACAGUUUUUAGAAUUUGACCUUAGCUACUGCUGCCACUCCCAGGCUUGGUAAGCUUCUGUAUUCUUUUGAGGGAAUUUGGGCUGCUAACAAUCCUUGUAAAGUACUCCUGAAGCUGGGUAGAUGCCUCAGCUUUUGGCAAAUUAAAGUGCCACUUGGCCAAAUUCAAAGCCCUUGUAGAAUCGUAUUCUGUCCCAGGCAUCUUGCCAUCCCAAUAUGGUUGAUCUAGGUAGGGGUGUUUGACACAAACGGUAGUGUCCCCUUGUAAGGUUAGACCACUGCUGCCAAGGCCACUGUCUCUUUUUCCCUUCUCCUGGUAAGAACCCACUGAGUAGGGAAUGGAGGAGCAGGAGUUGAAGUUGUCCCAUCCUGCUCUGGGUCGUCUUCUAAGAGACCUGUCCCUUGUUGUCUCAGACCUCAGAGGGCGGACAUUUCUAUCAGAGCACUCUGCAAAGCCCUCUUCCAAAUAUUCCUAUUUUAUCUUAACUGCAGCCUUACCAAAUGAGUAGAGCAAGUUUAUCCAAAUUUUCCCAAUUGAUAAAAUGGCCCAAGGUUCACAGCUGGCAAGUGAUAGAGUGGAGACUAAGGCCAAACAUUAGGACUCAAAUUCCGUAUUCUUGCCAUAGGCCAGCGAGUCAGAGUGUGAUUCCAGACUGGCAGCCUCAGUAGUAUCCGGAGACUUCUUAAAAAUGCAGGUCUUGGGCCCCACUCCAGACCUAAUGAAUGAGAAACUCUGUAGGGGGUAGCUCUCAGCAAUGUUUUGAUAAGCUCUCCAUAGCAAUUAAAUCUUGAAUUAUAAAACAAACCCCUCCUUCCUAGCUAAACCCCAACUGCACCGCCAACCUCUGACCAAGGCCUCCUUCCAAGGGACUGAAUAUGUAAGAUCCUUGCUAUCACUGCCUUUGCUGAACUGCCCCAGGUUGCAGAUUCAGUCUGACCCCAAACCCUACUCCUCAGUGCCAGAAAGGCUGAAGAGGAAUGAGCCUGGCUAGAACCCAGGUGUAGUAGUUUGGGAGCAGAACCCCAUCUGGCUUUCAGACAAGUACAGAACAGCAGCUUCAGACAGUCACUGCUGGACCAGCUCAGUUCUUGAGCAGUGUCGAAGUUGGUACUCCUCACCUUUGACUCUAGGUCUGGAUGCGAAAUCUGGUUUGCUUGUGUUCAGGAGUUUUUUCCUGUCCGAGCUCCACAUUCAUACCCAGAUUUCUUUUGUAAGCCAUUAGAUGAAGUGGCUGUGCCUCAGCUUAGCAAUUAUUUUACACUCUGCUGUCCAGAGUGCAAAACCAAUUUGCCAGGGCAGGGAACUAAAGGUUCAUUUCCUUGGAUGGACAUUGAGCUAAGGCCUGCGCUAUUUCCCAAAAAACCCCUCUCUCUUCCAGCCUCAGAUUCAGAUGAUGAGUCUAUGGGCUUGGAUUUAGUUGGGGAGUAAUUUUGGCACGGUCUCAGUCCAGGCCCGUUUGGCUCAUCGGCUGACUGCAGCUUGAGGCGCCAGAGGCCUUGGGCAGUGAGGGGCGGGAGCCUUCUUGGCUCGGCUCCGGGGUCCGCCCGUCCGGCAGGGGGCGCGCGGUGCCCGGGCGGCCCGCUCUUGCCCUUCUACCCUGUCCCUGCUGGGCUCCUGAGUCGCGGGGGCCGGCGGGAGCGAGAUGGCGGCCGCCAGGAGACUCAUGGCGCUGGCCGCCGGCGUCUCUCCGCGCCUUCGGCCGCCGGGUCCCCGCGCCACCGGGCGACACGGACGCUCGCGCGGCCUCUCGACAGGCUGCGCCCGCCCCGGCUGCUCCAAGGAGGCCGCAGAGGUCGAGGCCGGGGUGGCCCCUGGCGGGCCUGGGGAAGGCGACGGAAGCAUGGUGAACGCUUCUAGGGACCUAUUAAAAGAGUUUCCACAGCCCAAAAAUCUUCUCAACAGUGUGAUUGGAAGAGCCCUUGGCAUCUCACACGCAAAAGACAAAUUGGUCUACGUGCACACAAAUGGACCGAAGAAAAAGAAAGUCACCCUCCACAUAAAGUGGCCCAAGAGCGUGGAGGUAGAAGGCUAUGGCAGCAAGAAGAUCGACGCUGAGAGGCAGGCUGCAGCUGCGGCCUGCCAGCUGUUCAAGGGCUGGGGUCUCCUGGGUCCCCGGAAUGAGCUGUUUGAUGCAGCCAAAUACCGAGUGCUAGCCGAUCGCUUUGGCUCUCCGGCUGACAGCUGGUGGCGCCCAGAACCCACCAUGCCACCUACUUCCUGGCGGCAGCUGAAUCCUGAGAGCAUCCGGCCAGGGGGACCGGCAGGCCUAUCACGCACCUUGGGCCGGGAGGAAGAAGAGGAUGAAGAGGAAGAGCUGGAAGAGGGGACCAUUGAUGUCACUGAAUUUCUGUCUAUGACCCAGCAGGACUCCCACACCCCACUCAGGGACUCAAGGGGGGGUUCCUUUGAAAUGACAGAUGACGACAGUGCUAUUAGGGCUCUGACCCAGUUUCCGCUUCCCAAGAACCUUCUGGCCAAGGUUAUUCAGAUAGCAACAUCGUCCUCCACAGCCAAGAACCUCAUGCAAUUCCAUACUGUGGGCACCAAGACCAAGCUCUCCACCCUCACCCUACUCUGGCCCUGUCCCAUGACCUUUGUCGCUAAAGGGCGUCGCAAAGCAGAGGCAGAGAAUAAGGCAGCUGCCUUGGCUUGUAAGAAACUGAAGAGCCUGGGCCUGGUGGACCGGAACAAUGAGCCGCUUACCCAUGCCAUGUAUAACCUGGCCUCCUUGCGCGAGUUGGGCGAGACCCAGCGCCGGCCGUGUACCAUCCAGGUGCCUGAGCCCAUCCUCCGCAAGAUAGAGACCUUCCUGAACCAUUACCCCGUGGACAAUUCAUGGAUUUCCCCAGAGCUCCGGCUGCAGGGUGACGACAUCUUGCCCUUGGGCAAGGACUCAGGGCCCCUGAGUGACCCUAUCACAGGCAAGCCCUACGUGCCCUUGUCUGAAGCUGAGGAGCUGCGACUGAGUCAGAACCUGCUGGAGCUGUGGCGACGGCGAGGGCCGGUCUGGCAGGAAGCCCCCCAGCUCCCUGUGGACCCUCAUCGGGACACUAUCCUCAAUGCCAUCGAGCAGCACCCGGUGGUGGUCAUUGCCGGUGACACGGGCUGUGGGAAAACCACGCGCAUCCCCCAGCUGCUGCUGGAGCGCUACGUGACCGAGGGCCGAGGCGCACGCUGCAACGUGAUCAUCACCCAGCCGCGCCGCAUCUCGGCUGUGUCCGUGGCACAGCGGGUCAGCCAUGAACUGGGCCCCUCCCUGCGCCGGAACGUGGGCUUCCAGGUGCGGUUGGAGAGCAAGCCUCCGGCGCGAGGUGGGGCCCUGCUCUUCUGCACCGUGGGCAUCCUGCUGCGGAAGCUGCAGAGCAACCCCAGCCUGGAGGGUGUGAGCCACGUCAUUGUGGAUGAGGUGCACGAGCGGGACGUGAACACGGACUUCCUGCUAAUCCUGCUCAAGGGCCUGCAGCGGCUCAACCCAGCCCUGCGGCUGGUGCUCAUGAGUGCCACCGGCGAUAAUGAGCGCUUUUCCCGCUACUUUGGUGGCUGCCCUGUCAUCAAGGUGCCCGGCUUCAUGUACCCCGUUAAGGAGCACUACCUGGAGGACAUCCUGGCCAAGCUGGGCAAGCACCAGUACCCACACAGGCACCGGCACCAUGAGUCUGAGGAUGAAUGUGCUCUUGAUUUGGACCUCGUCACUGAUCUCGUUCUGCACAUUGAUGCCCGCGGGGAGCCAGGUGGGAUCCUCUGCUUCCUGCCUGGCUGGCAGGAGAUCAAAGGAGUGCAGCAACGCCUCCAGGAGGCCCUGGGCAUGCAUGAGAGCAAGUACCUCAUCCUGCCAGUGCACUCCAACAUCCCCAUGAUGGACCAGAAGGCCAUAUUCCAGCAGCCUCCUGUCGGGGUGCGCAAGAUUGUCUUGGCCACCAACAUUGCCGAGACUUCCAUCACAAUCAAUGACAUCGUGCACGUGGUAGACAGUGGUCUGCACAAGGAGGAACGCUACGACCUGAAGACCAAGGUGUCCUGCUUGGAGACUGUGUGGGUGUCACGAGCCAAUGUGAUCCAGCGCCGGGGCCGGGCAGGCCGCUGCCAGUCAGGCUUUGCCUAUCACCUCUUCCCGAGGAGCCGGCUGGAGAAGAUGGUCCCUUUCCAGGUGCCAGAAAUCCUGCGCACACCCCUCGAGAACCUGGUGCUGCAAGCCAAGAUCCACAUGCCUGAGAAGACGGCAGUGGAGUUCCUCUCCAAGGCUGUGGACAGUCCAAACAUCAAAGCAGUGGAUGAGGCUGUGAUCCUGCUCCAAGAGAUUGGGGUGCUGGACCAGCGGGAGUACCUGACCACCCUGGGGCAGCGCCUGGCUCACAUCUCCACCGACCCACGGUUGGCCAAGGCCAUAGUGCUGGCCGCCAUCUUCCGUUGCCUCCACCCGCUGCUAGUGGUUGUUUCCUGCCUCACCCGAGACCCCUUCAGCAGCAGCCUGCAGAACCGGGCGGAGGUGGACAAGGUGAAGGCGCUGUUGAGCCACGACAGUGGCAGUGACCACCUGGCCUUCGUGCGGGCUGUGUCUGGCUGGGAGGAGGUGCUGCGUUGGCAGGACCGCAGCUCCCGGGAGAACUACCUGGAGGAAAACCUGCUCUACGCGCCCAGCCUGCGCUUCAUUCAUGGACUCAUCAAGCAGUUCUCAGAGAACAUAUAUGAGGCUUUCCUGGUAGGGAAGCCCUCAGACUGCACGCUGGCCUCUGCCCAGUGCAAUGAGUACAGUGAAGAGGAGGAGCUGGUGAAGGGUGUACUGAUGGCGGGUCUCUACCCCAACCUCAUCCAGGUGAGGCAAGGCAAGGUGACCCGGCAGGGCAAGUUCAAGCCCAACAGUGUCACUUACAGGACCAAAUCUGGCAACAUCUUGCUGCACAAGUCGACCAUUAACAGGGAGGCCACACGACUACGGAGCCGAUGGCUGACGUAUUUCAUGGCCGUCAAGUCCAAUGGCAGCGUCUUCGUUCGGGACUCCUCCCAGGUGCACCCACUGGCUGUGCUGCUACUGACAGAUGGGGACGUCCACAUCCGUGAUGACGGGCGCCGGGCCACCAUCUCCCUCAGUGACAGCGACCUGCUAAGGCUGGAGGGCGACUCACGUACCGUGCGGCUGCUGCGGGAGCUGCGCCGGGCCCUGGGCCGCAUGGUGGAGCGGAGCCUGCGUAGUGAGCUGGCUACCCUGCCGCCCUGUGUGCAACAGGAACAUGGGCAGCUGCUGGCCCUGCUGGCAGAGCUGCUGCGCGGGCCCUGUGGCAGCUUUGAUGUGCGCAAGACAGCUGAUGACUGAGCCCCGUGUCUGCUGGGGCCAUGUACAGAGUGAAAAUGUUUAUUUAAAAUAAAGUUCUAUUUAUCCCUUGUGA